CCACUGACAAGCAACUCAACGACCUUAUUACAAGCUGCAAUUCAUUACAGUAACCUGGAUCCAUAUCGAUUCCUGGGUAUAAAACGCAUAAAGGUCAUAAUUCAAGAUGUCAGGAUACGACAGAGCUCUCUCCGUAUUCAGUCCUGAUGGACACGUUUUCCAGGUCGAAUAUGCACUGGAGGCCGUGAAGAGAGGAACCUGCGCGGUCGGUGUGAAGGGAAAGGAUAUCGUGGUUUUGGGAUGCGAGAAGCGCUCGGCGAUGAAGUUACAGGACACCCGCAUUACGCCCUCGAAGAUCGGACUGGUCGAUACACAUGUAUGCCUUGCUUUCGCGGGCCUGAACGCAGAUGCCAGAAUCCUGGUCGACAAGGCGAGGUUAGAGGCACAAUCACAUCGCCUGACUGUUGAGGAUGCGGUUUCGAUCGAAUACAUCACGAAGUAUGUGGCUGGUGUUCAGCAGAGAUACACGCAGAGUGGAGGUGUGAGACCGUUUGGCAUCAGCACCUUGAUUGUUGGAUUCGACCCCAACGACUCAACACCCAGACUCUACCAGACGGAGCCAUCUGGAAUCUACUCGGCAUGGAAGGCGAACGCCAUCGGUAGAUCGAGCAAGACAGUUCGCGAAUUUUUGGAGCGGAAUCACAAGGAUGAUAUGGACCGUGAGGAGACAAUCAGGCUGACGAUCAAGUCGCUCCUCGAGGUUGUGCAGACCGGGGCUAAGAACAUUGAGAUUGCCAUCAUGGCACCUGGGAAGACGGUGGAGAUGCUGCCAGUGGAGGACAUUGAGAGCUACGUCAAGAACAUUGAGACGGAGAAGCAGGAGGAGGCAGCUAAGAAGAAGACUGGGCGUACUCCUGGUACUGGACAGGCAGCCAUCUUGACGAAAGGUCCAGAUGACGCGGAUAAAUAGAUAACUCUAUGUUACCCCUCAUCUUGUCCAACGGCGCCACGAUAUCCUCUUUAGACACUGUAUACUAUAGCAAAUGAGCGA